AUCCACAGACCAUAUAUAUACCUGUCAUAAAGAGUGAACCAACAAAAAAGAAAAAUCCAUUAAAAAAAAAACAAUGGAAUUAACUACAACUUCACAGUCUCUUUCCUAUGCUAGUUUCCUGAAACUACCAGCUCUACUCCCUUCUAGAGCUAGUACUCAUUGUUCUUCCAGUUCCAUUAAUUUUCUUGGAUUUAAUUGCAUACCAAGAAAGCUGACAUGUAGUGCUAGGCAAUUGAGGCACUUUGGAGCUAUCCAUGCUUCUGUCGCUGAGAGUAAUUCAACUACUGGUUCAGUAACAUGGGCUCUUGAAUUUAUAGGUGAUGGAGACACAAAGCACAUCGGUUCUCCCACUGCAAAGCCACGCUCUCUUGAAAUACCUUCCGGUGCAGUUACUGUCGGACGUGUUGCUGAUAAGGCAGAUGUGGUCAUUCCGGUGCCUACAGUAUCUGGUGUACAUGCUCGGCUGCAAAACAUGGAGGAGUAUCUCGUAGUGACAGAUUUAGACAGCACGAAUGGAACAUUCAUCGGUGAGAAGAGGCUCCAACCUGGUGUGGCUGCUGCUGCAUUACCUGGAAGUAUCGUGACAUUUGGGGAUACCAAUUUGGCAAUAUUUCGAGUCGCAAAGCUUGAGAAGUUGGAAACUACUGCAUCUGAUUCUGAACCAGAAGAAGUUGAAGCUAAUACAAAAGAAGAAGAGCCAAGUAGCAGCUAAAAAGUCACAAAUUCCAUUUUUCUGCAAUAAUUUUGUAAACAGAGGAAAUAUAUAUAUAUAUGUGUGAUUUUGUUGAACUUAUGUUUGUCCAUUUUCUUCUUGACUUGGGUUUAAGUACCCCUUUGUUUUUCUUUCC